GUUAAUCAAUUAUCACUUCCUUGCCAAAAAAAAACUCUCUUAAUUUUAUUAUUUUUCGUCAGUGACUGAAGAUUUCCCCACAUUUCACAAAAUAUUAUGUAACAGCUAUAAAACGAUGCCACCACGUAGCCCUUCGAUUGGACAAAAUGAUAGACUGCUAUCACGUAGCUCAAGCAGGAAAGAUCUUUCAACCGUUUUUCAAUUCUUCAAAUGUCACUUACAUUAAGAUCAAGUUCAAGAUCACGAUCAAACGAUUCCCAGUGCAAAACCAAACUUAAAAUAAUUUUAAUAUACAUUGGAAUUUUGAUCAUAUCAGCACCAAUUGCUUAUGGCUUGACAGUUCUGACUAGUAAUGGUAGCGAGCCUAGUUUCAUAAAAAAUGCAUUUGAUAUCAUCAGUAAUAUUGGGUCUUCUCAUUUGGAAGAUUUUACGCAAUCAUCAUCAAUUAAUAAACCGACACCGGAAACUCCUGUGUCACAUGAGAAUAUUUCGUAUACACCAAUCAGAUCUAGAGGCGACAUUAUUCCAUUAAAUCCGGAUUGGGGAGAGAACUACGCGAAAUUUACAUAUGACAUUAUCAGCAACACUUAUUCAUACAAACGACAUGGUGGAUCAUCAUUUGAACCGUAUUCCGUUUUUAAUGUACAACGAGUAGAAAAUAGGACGUUGGGUGCCGUUUAUUUCAAAAUAUUGAUAAAAGGACUUCUGGAGCUCUUGAAUGGAAGUUCGACUUGAAAUCUGAGGGAAAAUCAAUUGAAAAAAUAGUAAUUAAAAUGGAAGGAAUACAAGAGAUUGCUGAUGGUAAUGGAAUAAUCAAAGCCUGUCCAUAUUUGUUGAAUAUAUGCCCUAAGAUUCCAAUAAAUCAGAGUCUGACCAUUGAGAAGCCUACAAGUGAUAAAUUAUUUAUACAUAUAAAUCUGGACAAAGAUAUAAAAGUUUUCAAAGCAGACCUGAAGAAUGGAAACAAAGUGGAGAGUUUUUCAAUUGAAGUCUACUGGGGUGGUUAAGU